AUGAGUGUGGUUGGGCCGAAACAGCAGAGAGCAAAAACAGGAGAAAGGGUUCUGGGUGGAAAAGAAGACAGUCAGGAAGGCCUCAGGUAACUGUCCCACUGGGCUCUGCUUGGCAAAUUCUUCUGCAGGCUACAGCUAGAGACGGACAGAGAUGAAAAGAGCCUGGCAGGAGAUGGCAGACGUAUCCACCAGUGGCUGAAAUGCAGAAGUGGCAAAAGUUGUGGAAUUACGUGACUGCUGAAAUGCACAUAUAGGAAGCACACUCAUUUUCAGUUGCAGGAAGGAGACGCCAGACCGGUACUGACACCUCGUAGAAAGAAACAACAUGGGAUGUGGCAGCUCAACAACAACAGUAGAUUAUUCCUUAAAAAAAUCAGAAAGAGCCAUGAAAGCAGCCAUCCUCAUUCAGAGGUGGUAUCGUCGGUAUACGGCACAUUUAGAGGUUCGUCGCAGAUGCACUUGGACAAUUUUCCAGUCAAUUGAAUAUUCCGGGGAACAGGACCAGAUUAAGCUGUACAACUUCUUUAGCUCCCUGAUGGAUCACUUUACACCUUCAAAUACUAAAGAAAGAGACCUGAUUACCAGCAUCUUCAGUGAGAAGGAGAUCAAUGAAGAAAUGGAAUUGGAGAAGUAUUAUGACUUUGAAAACAUUCAUCUGUCAGAAGGCUACAAGGGCCCUCAUCUGUGUUUCCCUCUGACUGCCAGUCAUGCAGCUGCCUUAGUGGAAGCAUUUCGACAUAAGCAACACCUCCACGCUCGAUACGUCUUGCAACUUCUUCUUGAAACUUGGAAACUGUUGAAACUCAUGCCAAACAUCAACCGUGUGUCUACCUGCUACAACAAGGAGAUCACUGUCUGUGGGGAUUUACAUGGAAAACUAGAUGAUCUGCUUUUAAUAUUUUAUAAGAAUGGCCUGCCAUCUGUAGAGAAGCCCUACAUCUUCAAUGGAGACUAUGUGGACAGAGGCAAGGACUCCAUUGAGAUCCUCAUGAUCCUGUUCGCCUUCCUCCUAGUUUAUCCAAACCAGGUGCAUCUGAACAGAGGAAAUCAUGAAGACUACAUUGUCAAUCUGAGGUAUGGAUUUACAAAAGAAGUCAUGCAGAAAUAUAAGGUGCAUGGAAAGAAGAUCCUAAGGUUAUUGCAGAUUGUAUUCAGUUGGCUGCCUCUUGCUACAAUCAUCGAUCAGAAGAUCCUCAUUAUUCAUGGUGGAAUCUCAAGAAGCACUGACCUUGAUGUUAUUGCCACAAUAGACAGACAUAAAUAUGUUUCUGCUGUAAAGCAACCAAAGAGAAGAAAAACAACAAGGCAAGGACAAAGACAACCUGGUGAAUGUUGCUGUGGGAUCAACAGAAAUGAUUCCUCACCUGUCCCCUCAACAUACAGAUCCGGAUCUGACAGCAGACCUCUGAAUAGCAUCUCUAAAGGAGUGCGCCUCUCCGUAGACAAGGAGCUUGAGAGGUGUCGGAAGCAAGUGGGUCUUUCUGAUGACACUAGGGUAUCCUUAUUACUGUCAGAAUCAGACACUGAGCAGUAUGAGGCCAGUGAAUUAGAAAAUGCGGAGUGGAAACAGGUUGUUGACAUUCUUUGGAGUGACCCAGUCAAUCAAGAGGGAUGCAUUCCAAACGUAGUGAGAGGGGGUGGUUGCUACUUUGGUCCAGACGUGACAAAGGAAGUCUUGGAGAAGCACAACUUUCAACUACUUAUUCGCUCACAUGAGUGCAAGCAGGAUGGCUAUGAAUUCUGCCACAACAGAAAGGUCUUAACUAUCUUUUCUGCCUCCAACUACUAUGAAGAAGGCAGCAACAGAGGAGCUUAUGUCAGGAUGGGUCCAGAUCUAAUACCUCAUUUUGUACAGUACCAGUCCAGCAAGACAACUCGGAAGUUAACUAUGCGACAGAGAGUCAGUAGGGUGGAAAGAUCUGCCAUUAGAGAUCUGAGAGAGCAGCUUUUUGCACACAGAUGUGACCUCUUGAGAGCCUUUGAACAAUGCGACAAAACAAAAAAGGGGAAGAUCUCUUUGAACGACUGGGCAAACACUGUGGAGUCUGUGAUGCAGCUGGGUCUGCCUUGGAGGAUCUUGCGCUCUCAGCUUGUGCCCAACACUACUGAUGGCCAUAUUGACUAUCAAGCUUGGUUUGAACACCUUGCCAUUGAACAGCCCAUCAAAGAGACACCACAAUCAUCAAGUCUUUUGGAAACGCUUUACAGAAAUCGUUCCAACUUGGAAACAAUCUUCCGAUUAAUUGACAGUGACAGCUCGGGUCUAAUUUCUUUUGAAGAAUUCCGACAAACUUGGAAGUUGCUCAGCUCCCACCUCAACACAGAAAUCAGCGAUCAAGCGAUUUCUGAUUUGGCCCGCAGCAUUGACUUCAACAAAGAUGGAAAUAUUGACAUCAACGAAUUCAUGGAGGCGUUUCGUCUUGUUGACAGAAAUCCUAGCUAAGACAAACAGGAGUCUACAACAUAGUUUUACAAGAACCAUGUCAGUAAAAUAUCUACUUUAUAAAAAUAUUAAGCCAAAGUCGGUAAAACGUUAAAAGUGACUGUUUUGUUUUCUUCCAGAAUGGCAUUAAGCUCCCAAAUAUCAGAUUACUCUGUAAGAAGAAUCGCAGCAUAGAUGCUCUUAUUUAUAUCAGGAUAAUCUGUUCUGAUAUUCGUAUCAGAAAAUGACCCAACAUUUCACUUUAUGCUUCAUUAGACACUGUAUGUAAUUGUAUUUAUUUGUAAUUUUGAAAUACACAAAUGUGUAAAAGUCUGUUUAUACAAAUGUUAUCUGGUGCUAAAUCAAAGCCUUAUUAGACAACAUUUUUAAUAGAAUGAGCUCUGCAAAAAACUGCUUUGUGCCUCUGAAUACCU